CGCCUCUGUAUAAUUCGCCCGCUAUCGCCAGCCGCAGCCCUGUCGCCGGGACCCUGAAUUCUCAAUAUUCAAUGAAAAACUGAUUCGCCCCUCCCGCAGGCGGAUUACGGCCAAUCGGCGAGUAGUGGGCGUACUGAAUUCGCCUUCCCGCCUAAAGCAGCCCUUUAUUAGGGCUUGUUUGCUGCAUGUGCUCUGCAGCCAUUUUGUGAACCUGCAGAGAGGUGUGAGGAGGAGCAGAGCUAGCAAUUUGGUUGUUUGCUGUGGAUAUCGUUUGGACACCCCAGCAGGCUUUAUUCCAGGACAGUCAGGAGGAUUCCUGUUACCCCGGAGCAGAGCCAUUUUAGGAGCUUUUACUACAUUUGUAGAGAUGUCAAGGGACAAUCAGACCCGAUCCGCCCCUUCCCCCACCCCCUCGGAUCUAUCCCUGCAUAGCAAUGAGGAGUGGGAGCCAACCCAGGAGGCGGAUGCGACCGACCAGGCAUCUAGUGACCAGCCGCGGUCGUCAAGGGCCCAUGAGAAGUCCAAGAAAAAGCCUAGUAAAAAGGCAAGAAGCCAGCCAGAGGAGCAGUCGGAGGAGGAAGCCUCUGGUGAAGAUGCAGGACAGAAAAAGCCGCGUGGACCCAGAUACACUGAGGCGGAAAACUGUGUCCUAGUGGAUUGCGUCGACAGGUCCUACGACGUUUUGUAUGGACCAAGGGCACAGAAAACAGCAUUUAAGGUAAAGCGGAACAUCUGGGAAUCCAUCGCCAGUCAAGUAACUGCAAUUUCUGGAAACCGCCGGAGCACCAGAAAUUGCUUGAAGCGGUACAGUGAUUGCCGCAGACAGACCAAGAAGAAGAUGGGGAUUCAGCGCCGACAUGAGACAGCUACGGGAGGUGGCCCGGCUCUCAAUCUGAAGUGGCUACCCUGGGAGGACGUUAUUAGAAGGCGCUUGAACCCUGCCAUGGUCGAAGGAGUUCGCGGAGGUGUGGACUCCAGCCGUCCUGCUGGCUUUCCCGAGGAGGAAGAACCGCCCAGAAGACGGAGGAAGGCGGGAGACCAGCCGUCCAAAAGGAGGUCUGAUGACAGACCUGCCCAGAGGACAUCACCUGCGCACAGGACAUCGCCAGCGCACGGACCGUCACCUGUGCAGCAGGCAUCGGCAGCAGCGCGCGGACCAUCAACUGCGCCGCAAGCAUCGCGAGCACACAGAUCGUCACCUGUGCGCCACAGUUCGUCAUCGCGCAGUUGGUCACCUGUGCACCAGACGACGUCAGCGCACAGACUAUCACCUGUGCGCCAGACACCGUCGGCGACCACACCACAAGAUGGGCGCCAAACUACAGCUCCUGCGCGCAGGCCAUCACCAGAUCGUCUUCUCUCCAGGAGCUCUGGGACUGUGACUGAAGAGCCUCAAGACACAACCCUUGUGGACCAAUCACCCGAUCUGUUUGAGUCUACAGGGUUAACUGACGAAACUUUUCUUGGGUUUGAGGACAGCCGUGCAGAUGUAUCCAGCCAGACCCUUGAAAAGUAUUCCGAAACGAGGACAAGUGGAGCUCCUGGAGCAGCGGCAUCACAGGAUGGAGAAGUGGUGCCACGAACCAGCAGCGGACUAGCUUCGGGGAUUGGUUCGUACUUCAGGCCGGAUCUCCUCCUACAGGAGUCGUCAGAGGAUGGCGAGGUGGAAGUGCAGGACGCUCCAGUUGCUACAUUCCUGCGUGAGUAA